AUGUUUAGAUGGGCCCCCCACAACGGGGUGAAAAAAAAAAAAAAAAAAAAAAAGGAGAAACGGAAGCGGAAAAUAUUUGUCACACGUUACGGUAGCUUCAUCCACCCACAGUUAAUUGUGCGGGGUGGAAAUUCCUGUUCAAUCAGGCUGGAAGCGCAGAAUAAAGCCGCCAUGGUGAUCGGAAAAGUUCUCAGGGAGCGUGCAUGUCCCAAUCAUUGGGGGUACAUCUACGUUGAAAAAGAAAUACAUACUCGGAUAAACGACCUUUUAAAUCGUAUAGUGUAUGGGAGGAACAGUGGGGGAGUAUGUCUCCAAGGGAGGGAGGAGGGUCAUUUUACAGAGCGGGUCCUUACCCAAGAUAACUCAAAUGGCAAGGGCACUUCCAAAAGGAAGUGCUACGAUAAGAUAGCAGUAGAUUUGUUAAAGGAAUAUGUGCGAGGAUUUCAUAGGGAAAAAGGAAAAUGCCGCUUGGUAGUUUUCCAGGGUGAAGAACUAACCAAUGGAGAGAAAACGGUGGAAGGGAAAGAACAAAGAGUAAACAACCUAAGCCAAUUUACGAAUGGCAAAAGCUUGAACAGAGAUAGUAACCUUCCCAAGGUACAGUUAACUGAAUAUAGGGACACAUCAAGUUUAAAAAAAAAACGACCCAGUAGGGAACUUGUAGAUAAUUUAAACAAUAAAGUGAACACAAGUGUCCAUUUGAACGAUCUGCAAUACAUAUGGCUCAAACACACUAUGAUUAUAUUUAAGUUGUUAAUUGAAAGCAACCGGCGGGUAGAAGAGAAAAGAAAAAGUGAGAUGACCACCACAGUAUUGGUUCUACUUAAGAGGACACUGAGGGAUAUUCCUCGGGGUUGUCCAGAAAAUGGAAGUACCAAAGUAGAUACCCUCCUUCAAUGGGCAUAUCUUUUGUCCAAAGUGAACAUGGUCGAUAAGGAGCUCAUCAUACAGAUGUGCCAUUUUUUUCAAAACAAGAUGAAGACACUCAGUUCGGUAAACAAGUUCUACCUCCUAAGUUGCAUGAGCAGUUUUCAUUUCUUGUCAAAGAAGUUUCUACGAUUAGAAAAUUAUCUGCAGAGAUAUUUUUAUAAUUUGUUGAGGAUGGAACUGGGGGGGCACUUACAUCAAGGCGGGGUCAAUCUUCCCACUCAUCGUCAUGAGGAGCACUCAAAGGAGGGGAGCGAAUCGACAUACACACGAGCUCGAAUCGCUAACCGGAUGGAUGAACCAACCGAUACAUUAGCUACCCACCCAACAUUCAGCACCAGCGAACUGUGUCAAGUCCUAUUCAAGCAAAAGAAACACCUUACACAUUUAGACAGGACCAUUUUGAAAAACGUGCUAAACGGUGAAGUGAUGAACUAUGGGAAAGUAACUGCCCCCUUCUUUAAAUUUAUUGUGAAGUUAGGUGACAGAGACUUGCAACGAUUUUUAUUUGAUCGAAUAAUGGAGCACGUGGAGUUGUAUGAACAGGCGGAUCUAAACAACGUGUUAGGUAGCUUCAUCAAAAGGGAGGGGUUGCGAAGGAAGUCACAAGAGAGACUAGAGAAGGGGGCGAUACAUCAGGCAGAGGAGCAGGAUGAAGAAUUUUCCACCCUCGUGAAUAUUUUACUUGAAGCGAAUUUGGACAAUAUGAACCUGAAACAUGUGUGCUACUUGUACGUGUACAUAAAUAGACAUUUGAAGAAGGAGUUAAGGAAGAACAUGCGCGGGCGAAAGAAAAAGGAUAUGCAAGCAGGGGAAUGCGUAGACCAAACGAAUUACACCACAAGUAGGCACACAACAAGCGAGCAAGAAGUGCACACUAAUACAUUUCUACCGUUUGAGGAAAUCUGCGAAGAGAAGGAUUUUUAUGAAGGUGUGCCCGAUGGGGAUCCGCACGAGGGGAAUAUUAACCUCAUGAACCAAGUGAACGAAAAAAUUAUUCUUACAUUAGAAAAAAAAAUGUAUUACAUAAAAAUGAACAACAUAGUGACCCUCAUAUAUAAUACGUGUCCAAUCAUUUCACCAAAGCAAGUUGCCUUUUUGGAAAUUUGUUUUGCUCACUUAGUGGAGGAAAAAUACUUAAUGUUUAAUUUGGCAAAAGUGUACCGUUCACUGUAUAAUCGCUUUCUACAUAGCGGCAUGUUUAAAUCUGCAGAGUGCAGAAUCCCUCCAAACAGGGGAAAGUACUUGAACCAGUCAAGCAUCUCCAGCGAGGAGGAUGCAAAAUGGAUAUUUGCAGUUAGGUUACAGCAUGAUGAAAAAAUGGAGAAAAUUUUCAGCUACUUGAAGGAAAGGUAUUACCUAAAGAGGGAACAGGACUUGGGGGACAUCAGUAUAUGUACCAUCCUGUUAAACGUUUGCCAGAAAUUUUUGUUAGAGUUGCUUGUUUACUCUUUCCACAGGUCGCAGAGGUGGGGGGUGUUCCAAUGGAAGGAGCAAUUGCCUAGACAGGGGCACCUUGGGGGUAGUGGCGCUGCGGCGGUGCUGGAUCUUGUCCAGCACAUUUACACGCACCUGCACUUUGUGUUUGUGAGUACCCGUGGAGGGCUAAAAGAAAAGGGAGUCAAGGAUGACUGGGAUGGUGAUGGUUAUAACCAUGGGGACCACUUGGAUCGCAAUGAAGAGGCGCACCUCCCCCUCUACCGUAAACAGUUCGAACUUGCACUGCUAUAUGGGCGUAACCUCGUGAGUCACAUGGGCUCAUACGUAGACUCGGUCGAGAGCGCCUUUGAGCUCUGUGGGACGAGUGUGGACGGAGUAACAGUUGGUCAUUUGAGCAGUACUCUGCAUGGGUCUAACGAAAUGAACAACUCAGAUGGGAAAAAUAUGCACAGGGGAAUUACCCCCAAUGUAGACUCUGAGUACAGCGACCAAGAUUUUCAUAAUGAUCCAAUGAACGUACAAAAUGUUCGUGACCUGAUGCACUACGUGAAUUAUGUGUGCUCUUAUAUUCGUGAACAAAUGGAAAAAGUUGAAGUAGAGAAUACAUGGGGAAAGGCGGAGGGUUCAUAG